ACCGCAAGGGCUGGAGAAUCGCCAAUUGUACCUUGUAUUCGCCUUUAUAGAAAGCUCUGCAGUUGUUAUCCGGGACUGAACCGUUCACCAUAGUUCCAGGAAAGAUGUCUUCCAAGCGUAAAUCGCAUCCUAUGAAACUAUUAACAGAGCCUCAGUUUGUUCCAAAGCAAAGUUCGUUUUUCCAGCACUCGAUUGAAGACAUGCUUCCUACUCAAAACCAAAACAGUUCUAAUGAGCAAGAGCCCAGAUCUCCCAGUCCUCGAAGCCCGAGGUUGGUAGAACAGCCUCGCGAGGCCAUGACAGAGAUAUUGAAGAAGCUGGCGCAGAGGAGUCAAGAGAAUAUAAAGAGAGCUCAGGACGCUACCAGAAUGAUGGAAAAUGUAACUGUGCGACCUAUAAAUGAAGAUGAAAAGCUGCGAGAAAUGAUCUAUUCUAUUUACAACUAUGUACAUCAAAAAGAAAGAGCACAAACCCCUGACAGUGUCCCCUCUGGGUCUCUUAACUCUACUUCUUCAUCUGAAGGUGCUGGAUAUAGCCCAAUUGUUGGGGGUUGUAGUCCUCCAAGAAGUGAGGAUAGCCCCCACAGGGGAAUACGUAGCCCCCAUAGCAGUGAACUAUGUAGCCCCCCUCCCCUCCUCUCCCCCCAACAUCUACAGCACUAUGGUCUACUGCAAAUGGUUCCUGGGCAGGGAAGGGAAGAGCAUACACCCCUGAAUUUAUCAAAGCAUAGAAUUAAUCCUGAAUAUGCUGAGCAUAAUAAUAACAACCAAAAUUCAGGUGACUCUGUAAAUAUAUUUUACAAAUCUCGUCUUCCAGAUCUAAUCUCUUCCAGUUCUCCUCCUCCUCCUCCUCAUUCUUCUUCUUCUCGUCCUUCCCAUCUUCUUCAUCCGUCCUACCUCACACCUUCAUCCAACCUUCUCCAUGGUCUUCCUAGGCACUCAUUCUCACAAAUUCAAGGUUUAGAAUUCCUAAAGAAUGUGAGGUUUGGAGGCAGUGGAGGUUUAUCCCAACCUAGUGGCUUCUCUAAUAUCCAAACCUCACUUCCUGCCUCUGGAGGUUCGGAGGCUAAACUGAUAAAGAUGGAGGAGGAUUCUAAAUAUGGUUCUAAAGUAAUCAGACAACCCAAGAGGGAGAGGGACAGUGCGACGCACAUUAAGAGACCCAUGAACGCGUUCAUGAUCUGGGCAAAGGAUGAACGGAGAAAAAUCUUAAAAAGCUGUCCUGAUAUGCACAAUUCUAAUAUUUCAAAAAUACUAGGAUCAAGAUGGAAGGCGAUGAGUAACGAAGAGAAACAGUUCUUCUAUGAAGAGCAAGCUAAACUUAGUAAAUUGCAUAUGGAGAAAUAUCCAGAUUACAGAUAUCGGCCCAGACCAAAAAGAACUUGUAUUGUCGACGGGAAAAAACUUAGAGUUUCUGAAUAUAAGGUAAUCAUAAUAUAUAUAACAACAAUAAUUGCAAUUAUAGUGAUAAUAUAA